CUUCGGAGAUGCAACGAACGGCCAGGAUGGAUGGGUUAGCAAGCAUUACAGACAAAAGUAUCUCUUUAUCAGUAUAAUCAUCAUUGACUGGCGCAAAUAUCGAACAAAAUGCCUUGAAAAACAGCCCGCCUGAGCUUACGUAAUUCUCGUCACCGACCUGCCGGAUUGGAACACCGGAGAAUGUAAUGUAUAUAGCGAAGACAUUGUCUCUGCAUAGCUUUAGCUCUAAAUGACUGAAAAUCAUCAUGUCCAAGGGCUCAGAGUCUUCGUACAGGCCUCCAGAGGAUCUGAAGGCGCGUCUCGCUGCCUCAUACAACGAUAUAGCCAUCGAGUACAACAAAUGGACAGAACCACAUAGCCACAUACGAAUACCCUGGCUCAAGAAGCUGUUCGACAGGCUACGAAUCCCAGAGGGUGAGGAGGCGAGAAUCUUGGAGCUCGGUGCUGGGGCUGGAGUCCCAACUGGAAAGGCUAUUCUGGAGUUCGCACCCACGGUCCAAUACAUGGCCAACGACCUCUCCGCGCGUCAGCUGCAGCUUCUCCAGGACAAUCUCGCGGAGCACAAGGACCGCAUCACUGCGAUGGAAGGCGACAUGUUUGCCCUUGACAUCCCCGCUUCGUCCCUGCUGGCCGUCGUGGGCAUGUACUCGAUCAUCCACCUUCCGCGCGACGAACAGUCGCAGCUGCUCGGGAAGAUUGCCAAAUGGCUCCAGCCCGGUGGCUACCUCCUCGCCAACUUUUCCGAGGAGGAACUGGAGGGACUCGUGAACGAAAACUGGCUGUCUGAGGGCGGUUGGAUGUACUGGUCCGCGUGGGGUGCGGAGAGAACGAAGAAGAUGUUGGAGGAGUCUGGGCUGGAGCUUCUGGAGAGCGACGUGGUCAGGGACGUGGUGGACGCGAAUUUCCUGUGGGUGCUUGCCAGGAAGAAGGAAGCGUAGAAAGAUGGAUUGCAUGAACUUGGACACGGGGGCCGGGCAGAUGGAAGUAUGGAGCUAGAUUUGCAGAACUCCUCCUUACAAUAGACUUCAAACAUUUAUCUGAUAAUCGAGACUAAUUAACACGGCUGGAUCUGUUGGAUGCUAUUCUUUGCUGUUGGUGCAUGGAUCAUUUCGCACGGCAUGGCUCGUAUUGGAUUAUCUUGAGACCUUUUUGGAGCACCUUCAGAGAGAACCGGAC